CUCCGAAUCUUCCAGAUUGUUACCAAAGACCAAGGUGCACAGAAUUGUAGUACAAUGUACUAAUUAUACCAACGUCGUCGCAUUGUAACAAGAACGCGUCUCUUAAAAUUUUAAAAUCCCAUUAAUUGUUGGAACAAGGAUUUUUGCGAGUCGCCAAAAAGUCGCUUUUCAACAUCGACAUCCAAUUCUAGCUCCACUGGCCAACCUGUCGGGAUUCAAUCGGGCUCGCUCCGUUUUCACCAAAUCGGAUUCGUACUCGACCUUGCACUUACGCGCGAGAACACGUCAAACUUCAACAUCUCAAGCAUGGAACCUUAGUUCAUCUACCGCGGCAUUUCGAAAAUCUACGAAUCAAUUUUGACGCAUUCCCGUACGAACAAAUCAACAUCGCAAGCCCAUUUAUUCGCUCACUCAUCCUCGCUUUCCUCCGGUACCUAAACCCGCCGCGGGGCCUGUACCUACCUUUGCUUCUUCCCGUUAUUUGUCUUUUUUUUGUCUCGGAUAAAAAUAAAAAAUAAAAAGAAAGAAAAAACCCCCCACCCACUGUCGGGUACCUAUCCAUCGGUGAAUCUACCGCAAUGUACGAGUACCUCACGAACCCGGCGCUCAUCUACGGCGGCCCGUCGGCGCGCCAGGCGGCGCUGCUGACGAAGCAGCGCGCCCCGCUGAUCCUCGUCCACGACGGCGGCGGCACCAACUUCAGCUACCACCUGCUGGACCCCAUCGACCGCCCGCUGUGGGGCAUCGAGAACGCGCGCCUGCACGACGGCGGCUUCUGGGAGGGCGGCAUCCCGCAGAUGGCCGCGCACUACGUCGGGCUGCUCACCAAGAUUCUGCCCGAGGGCGGCGAUAUCUUGCUCGGUGGCUGGUCUUUGGGCGGCCACCUCUCGCUGGAGAUGGCGCAUCAGAUCGCGCUGGCGGGGCGCAAGAGCAGCAGCAGCGCCAGCAGCAGCGGGACGAGCACCCCUGCCGCGCCCAAGUUCCGGGUCAUCGGCAUGAUCUUCAUCGACACGGUGUUCCCUCUGCGCCUGGGCGAGCUGCGGGGUCCGCUACCCAGCGAGCCCGUGUUCCUCACGCCGGAGCAGUCCAAGGCGAUGGUGCUGAAGGACAAGGUGGACCUGAACAUGACGCACGCGCGCAUGAUGGUCCAGGAGUGGGAGGUGCCGCGCUGGGAGGGCCUCAAGGUGCCGCCGACGAUCCUGAUGCGCGCCAAGGAGUUCGUGAGCGACGACCCGACCAAGACUUUCGUCGACUACGUUCGCGAGUACAAGCUUCUGGGCUGGGACGAGUAUAACGAGGAGCAUGGCAAGUUCAUCAAGGAUAUCGUGGAGGUGGAGGGUCACCAUUUCUCCAUCUUUCAUAUCAAGAAUCUGGAUAGUAUCACGUGUAAAGUCCGCAACGCGGCAGACGAACUUGACCCGCCCGAAUUCUGAUGGAUAGGUGUCGUGUUGGGGUUAACGAUGCUAUGAAUUUGGUUUCGAUAUGAUUGGGCAAUGUUUGACGAGGCGUUGAUACAUACUAAACGAGAUUGGCGUUAGGUACUUGGGGAUUGUACAUUCGUGGAUGCUCACUAUCCAUUUAGACACUAGACCAUAGCACUGUCAUUGUUGUCAUAUGUUGAGCUACGU